GAAAACUGGAUUUUUAGUCCAUGGCGAUCUCCUUUUUCUUCUUCUUGCUUCUCUGCUCUUUCAAGAACAGCUAUGGCUUCCUGCCCGAAACCGCAACUGUUGAAAUCAUGGAUCUUCCUCGUACUCACUCUCUUCAAACCACUUCUCUGUUGCCAUCAACUGUUUGCAAAUCCUCUCCCAAAGGUAUGAAGGAAAGAUCAUCAAUACCAAUAGUGAACAAGCUUGGUCCAUGCUGGGGACUGAGCCAAGACAAAGAAAAUCUUGUUCCCUCUCAUGCCGAGGUUCUUCGCCAAGACAAGGCCCGAGCAGAUUCAAUCCAUUCGAUGCUCUCCUCAAAUUUCUUGGAGAAGACAUCACUUCAAGACAAACCUGGAAUCUCGAUCGGCACCGGAAAAUACCAAGUCGGCAUAGGCUUUGGCCAAUCGAAUACAAAGCUUUCCUUGGUAUUCGACACUGCUAGCCAAUUAACAUGGACUCAAUGCCAGCCAUGCUCUGGAUAUUGCUAUGAUCAAAAGGACCCAAUAUUCAAUCCAUUGAAGUCUUCAUCUUAUGCCAGCAUUCGGUGCCCAUCGGUGACCUGCAAUCAAAUUUCUUCUGAAGGUAUGCAAAAAGGUUGCUCUUCCUCUUCAACAUGCAUAUAUGGCGUUACAUACACCUAUACUACGUUUUCAGUUGGCUUUCUUGCUAGAGAAACCAUAAGCCUAACAUCUUCCGAUGUGUUCCGAGGCUUCUUAUUCGGCUGUGGCCAACGAAAUCGCUUCCCAAACGGUAGAAAUGCAGCAGGGGUGUUAGGCCUCGGCCGUGGAUGGUUUUCUAUAGUGUCCCAAACUUCUAAGAAGUACCACAAGGUUUUCUCAUAUUGCUUACCGUCAAGUGAUGAAUCGGCUGGAUAUUUAAAGUUUGGUGACAGAAACCUUCCGAGCUCGAUCAAAUUCACUCCGAUGUCGAAAUCAUUCGAAGGUACUAACUAUUACGGUCUCGAUAUAGUUGAUAUCGGCGUAGGUGGUGAAAGAUUAUCCAUAGACAGGUCUGUUUUUUCAACAUCUGGCACCGUCAUUGAUUCGGCAUCUUUGAUCACCCGACUCCCUCCGGCCGCCUAUUCAAGAGUCAGGAGAUCUUUUGUAGCAAAGAUGACCAAUUAUCCUACGGCACCGGCAUUUGAAAACCUUGGGACGUGCUAUGAUUUCAGUGGGAAUUCAACUGUUGUAAUGCCGACCAUUACCUUAUACUUUGAUGGGGGUGUUGAGAUGCCUAUUGAUGCUCGAGGGAUAUUGUAUAUCAACAAGAUAUCUCAAGCAUGUUUGGCAUUUGCGAAAAACAAUGAAGACGAUGAUGUGAUGAUCGUCGGAAACUUUCAACAGAAAGGGUACGAGGUUGUCUAUGAUGAUGCUAACGGAAGGGUUGGAUUUGCUGCUGGUAGUUGUUCUUAAUGAGAUCGCCAUGUUAGAAUAUUUGAGCAAAAACUAUGAUUGUAAAACCCUACUUUCUAAAAAUCUCAUAGAAUACUUUGCUCUCCACUGGAUUAAGCAAUAAGGGAACAAGUGGAACAAUGUAAUCAUAGAAUACUAGAAAGAGAUUGUGGCUAUGAUAUCUAAAGCAUUGUAUAAGAAACUGCCUAUAAUAUA